AUGCCUGCCGCAAAGGAAGAGAAACGUCUGGGAACAGAACUUCUACAUAGAGCACGGCCGUUCAGCCCAGAAACAAACCGAAAAAUCGCCGAAAGCGAACUAGAAUUAGAACAGCAAACAGAAGCCCUCCCCAGCCCCUCAGAAAAAACAGAACCCUCUCUCACACGCGGCCGCCCCCGACCGGCGGUGGUGGCGGCGGCGGCGGCGGUGAAGGCGGCAACCAGUGAAAGCGAAGCUCAGCUGUCGCUGGACCAACUCCGCUCACGGCCAAUGGGCGGGCGCGCGGGGCCCGCGGAGAAAGUCCAGGCGCAGGGCGAGGAGGCGGCGGUCGAAAGUCGAGGCCCAUACGAUCGUGUAAGUUCAACUCGGUUUGUUCAACAUGCAAUAAGAGCUUCAAGAAGCAAGCAAUAAAGAGCUCUUCAAAUCACACUCCAGACUGAAACCGGGCCGCAUCGCAGGGGUAAAGAGGAACCGAUCCAACCACAGACGCAGUUCCUGCUCCUCGGCCCUCGCAAGUAAAUGGGCAACGCCCGGAGACCCGAGCAUUCGAACAAGCGAAGAACCCCGGGCAGCC